AUGGCAAGCAUCACCCUACGUCUUCGAGAAGUCGGCGGGUCGACGGCGCCCGGAGACGUACUACGCGUUAAGGUUUCAGACCCCAAUGCUGGCCGAGAGAACGCAGCUUUCUCUAUCCAGGAGUACGACGCCGAGUUGCAGCCAGAGCCGAGUCUCGGAUUCGAGAGCGACCUCCGGAGACACAUCGAGAGCUAUGCCAAACUGGAGCCGUUUGAAGAGAGCCGAGCGCGUCGCGUCCGGCAGGCCAUUGACCGAUACAGCGAGUCGCUCUUCAGGCAGCUCAAGUUACCGACCGUCAUCGACAGUCUUCUCGACGGGCUCAAGACACACGAGGAAGGUUCGCCCAAGUUGACGAUCGAGCUUCAUGUCCUCGAGGGCGGUGAAGACGAUAUGACGCUCAUUCACUGGGAGAGCCUAGAAUGCCGACGUUUCACCCAUAAUCGCCCGGAGGUGUCUAUCCAGGUCUCUCGGGUCCUUUUAUCCGCGGACUCGAGCCUGACACUCGCAAAGCCGACGUCAUUUCUCAAGGGAGGGACCGGCAUCUUGAAUAUAUUGGUCAUUGUUGCCCGAGCUUUUAACAAGUCAGGCGAGAGGGACAUCGACUACCGGGAGGUUACGGUCCCCCUAACUAACGUUGCGGAACAAUUUCCUGGCGAUUCGAUCCGCGUGCACGUGGUUAGCCAAGGCACUUGGGCGGCUGUCCAAAAGGCACUCGACGACAAACCCGUCGGUCACUAUCAGAUAGUUCAUUUCGACGUCCACGGGACGAUUCGCCAUUCCAAAGGCCAACUGAUGUUUGAACGAUCCCCGCGAAAAGUCGAUGCUGACACGGUUGCCAAUGUCCUCGUCCGCCGAGGAGUCCACGGGGCGAUCCUCAACGCUUGUCGGUCGGCAGAGAAGCCAGGCCGGACGUCAUCAAGCUUGGCGAUGGCCUUGGUCAGGUGCGGGCUGGACUUCGUCAUUGGCAUGGCCUACGAAGCACACAGAAACGCCGUCUUUUGGUUUGUCCAUGGCCUCUACAGCGCCUUACUCAUCAACCAGACGACAGUCAGGGAAGCGGUCGCGCGAGGGAGGCAGCAAAUGGAGCAACACCCUUCGCGGAAGGGCCGGUUCAAUCUUGAGGUCAACGUGCAGGACUGGCUGAACCCGGUUCUGUACAGUCGGAACGGCGAACCCUGGCGCCUCAUCGAGCCAACGACUCCGAACCGGGAGACGACGGCCGUCGCUCCUCCCGUGCCCGACUGGCCCCACGAGUUUGAGGGCAGGGAUGAAGAUAUCCACAAGAUCGAGAUAUCUCUUUGCUCUUCAAAGAUCGCCAAGGUGGAGGGAUUUCGAGGGGCAGGCAAAGCCACGCUCAUGAGACACCUGGCGGAGUGGUGGAGGCGGUCCAACUUUGCCGAAGAUAUCUUCCUAGUCGACUUCGGUUUCACCGAGGCUUUCACACACCAAUCGGCGAGGAUCUAUCCUCGGGACAUUUUCCAUCGAAUCAGCGUCCUUCUUGCCAACCAAGACACCACCCCGCGCAGCCGACCCAGAAUAUACGACAUAAGACCGAUCCCACCGCAUUCUCCACUGGCACCCAAGCUGCAGGCAACGGGCGAUCCCGCGAGCACCGAUCGAGACCUCGCAAAACUCCUCGCCGAUGGCAUCCACAGCUCUAAAGAUGACGUGGGCGCCGAGUCCGCGGGCCGGGAAGUGGAGGCGGGCCCGGUAGUCUCGCAUCUCAAGUCUGUCUUCAGACAGAAGAAAUGUGUCAUCUUGAUCAACAACCUGCAUAAUGUCACCUCUCUUGUGCACGGUGGCAGAUUCAACUUCCGAUUCUGGACCGAGGAGAUGAAGCGCUGGCUCCACGAUCUUGAGUGGCAAGGACGGGAGUCGAGAGGCAUGAUGCUGUUCUCGUCCCUGUUGGUCGAGGAGUGGAUUGACAGGCUCGGCGGCGGCAUUAUCAGUCUCGGGGGCCUCGAUCUCUACCACGCCACUCGGUACGCCGCGCGUGUGAUCAAUCUCGCGCCAUACACGACGGACGCCAACAACUGCAUGUAUCUGGAGAAGAUCCUCGAGUACUACAAAUGCCAGCCGCUCGCGAUCAAUGUUGUUCUUCCUCAACUAGCCGCAUCUGGCCUUUUGCCUCCGGAAUAUUUCGACAAGACGCUCUGCUCCGACGUCGAGUUAUCCCUCCAACAGGAGGGGGAGCAGGGGGCUCUGGUGGUGGACUUCAUAGCCGGCCUCCAGGCCAUGGAGACCUGGCUUCCGGGCUUGGGCUCAGUGCAAGGUUAUUGCCCACAGGCGUACCUCAUGAGGCUGCUCGAAGGGAAUGGGCCCUUCAAAGCAGAGGAAGAUCCGGCGAGAGUCUUGGCCCAUUGCUUGGAGACGCUUCAAGAUUUCGCCAUCGUCCGAUAUUCGCCAGGCACAGGAGGAACAUCGACCGUCGUAAACCCGAACAAGACGUCUUCCACGGCGGGACUCGAGCUCCAUCCUUUGCUAUCGGCUUUUAUCAGGACCGCAUCUCGGCACAUCGGCAGCAAGAAGCGCCAUGGAGACGAUGGCCUCGACUUCGUCUUCGCCUAUCUCGUUCAUUAUCUGGCGGAACGCAGUUACAGUUGGAAGCUAAAUGGCACGCCAGGCGACAAAACGGACAUGGCAGCCGUGGAGGACAUCCAGCAGAACUGGUUCAGCAUCCUUUCGUCCCUGCAGUACUGCGUCUCCCGCCCCUACGGCUGGAACAAAGGUCUCGAGCAUGCAUUCGACAUCCUCAUGACGCGGACGAUCAGCUAUGUGGUAAACUACGCAACCAAGGAACAAGCUAGCCUCGCACGCAUCUCGCGCCACGCCGUCGACAGGGUUGCUAGGGCUUUCGCGGGCCAUGAUUCCUCAGCCACGACGCCCUGGUGGCGCCACGUACGGUUCGUCGAGGAGGCGCACCAAGGCGGCGUGAAAGGCAAGUUGGGCAAGAUACUCCACGUGCACAAGUGGAUGCCGUUCCCACCGUGGCUGAUGGAGAGGAUGGUGGUCCACUACGUCUUCCUCCGGAUCGAAGCGUGGUACAAAUUCAAUCCCGUGGUAUGGCAGUACAACGAGGCGCUCUUGGGUCUGCUCGCGAGACACGAGCAGCAGCUCGAGAACCACGGCGGCAAGAACGGCGCCCCGGCCCUCGACGCCCGGUACGCGGCUCUAAAGCAAGAGGCUCUUAUUGCCGCUGCCGAGAUCGCGAAUCAAACAAGCCAACAUCACGCCGAGGGGCUUCUAGCGCUCACGCGGGUUGAUCUGUCGUCACCUGAUCUCCCUGAUGACGCGCGGCAGAAUCUGGCCGUCCGGUUCCGAGAUAUCAACGCCGAGCUUAUGGGCUUUGUGAUGGAUGCCGAGAAGUACGAGGGUGAUGCCGAGACGAUGAAGAUCGUCCAUGAGGCCGAACACACUGGCGAGUUGCCAGGUCAUCGUGCGGCUCGAGCUAUCGUGGUGAGAAAGGCAUAUGAGAGGGCUAUUAAGUCAAAGUCUGAGGAAGACGUGAAGCGGGCGAAGACUUUCAUCUACGAGGAUAUGGCGGCGAUCAUGGACCUGACGAAUCCGUACUUUCUAGUCCUCCACAGGUUCAUGUUUGACUUGUUUAUGCUUGAAGAGAGUUGGGAAAGCGCGCUACGGCAGCUCCGUCGCAUCGAAGCGUUCGUAAAGAAAAGUAAUCCAAGAAGACAGCAAAGCAUCAUCAAUGGCGAAGGAGGACGAAACUCCUAUCUCAUGGAUUUGCACCGCGACUUUGCAAGAUGCUACGAGAAGCUGGAAAAGCCGGGCGAGGCCUGUAAACAUCGCGAUACAGCCAACGCGCUCUGGGAGGAGCGGGAGCGAAACUGGACGAGACAGGAUAUGGAAAACGAGGGCCAGUUGAAUCUCACGGCUGCGAUUCAGUACGCUUUGCAGACGUAUGGGACGGACGGCGGGCUCGAGGCUCCACCCUGGUGGAUGAACCAGGUAUGGGUAAGGGAGCCGGUAGAAGAUGAGGACGAUCGGGUGGCGCAGGAGGGAGAGAGUGGGCACCUCAAGUCGAGCGAGGAUUAA